UUCCAACCGCCGCGAGCUCUCGUGAGCACUAGUUCUCUUCUAUCUCAGCACCUCCAAAGGUCAACACCUCCCCCCAGCUCCCUCCGCUACCGCGGGCCGGAACUUUUGUCGAUAGGAACGGGUUUGCACAGUUGAGUGUUGUCGGCCGGCGUGAAGGAGACUAGGGGGCCAUCCUCUUCCUUUCGCCGUCGCCGCCGCGGAGCGGAGUCGAGCCGAGCUGAUUUGAUCGAGGAGCGCGGUUACCGGACGGGCUGGGUCUAUGGUCGCUCCGCGGGCCGCUCCGCCGGCUGGUGCUUUUUUAUCAGGGCAAGCUGUGUUCCAUGGCAGGGAACUUUUGGCAGAGCUCCCACUAUUUGCAAUGGAUUUUGGAUAAACAAGAUCUGUUGAAGGAGCGCCAAAAGGAUUUAAAGUUUCUCUCAGAGGAAGAAUAUUGGAAGUUACAAAUAUUUUUUACAAAUGUUAUCCAAGCAUUAGGUGAACAUCUUAAAUUAAGACAACAAGUUAUUGCCACUGCUACGGUAUAUUUCAAGAGAUUCUAUGCCAGGUAUUCUCUGAAAAGUAUAGAUCCUGUAUUAAUGGCUCCUACAUGUGUGUUUUUGGCAUCCAAAGUAGAGGAAUUUGGAGUAGUUUCAAAUACAAGAUUGAUUGCUGCUGCUACUUCUGUAUUAAAAACUAGAUUUUCAUAUGCCUUUCCAAAGGAAUUUCCUUAUAGGAUGAAUCAUAUAUUAGAAUGUGAAUUCUAUCUUUUAGAACUAAUGGAUUGUUGCUUGAUAGUGUAUCAUCCUUAUAGACCUUUGCUCCAGUAUGUGCAGGACAUGGGCCAAGAAGACAUGUUGCUUCCCCUUGCAUGGAGGAUAGUGAAUGAUACCUACAGAACGGAUCUUUGCCUACUGUAUCCUCCUUUCAUGAUAGCUUUAGCUUGCCUACAUGUAGCCUGUGUUGUACAGCAGAAAGAUGCCAGGCAAUGGUUUGCUGAGCUUUCUGUGGAUAUGGAAAAGAUUUUGGAAAUAAUCAGGGUUAUUUUAAAACUAUAUGAGCAGUGGAAGAAUUUCGAUGAGAGAAAAGAGAUGGCAACCAUUCUUAGUAAGAUGCCAAAACCAAAACCACCUCCAAACAGUGAAGGAGAGCAGGGUCCAAAUGGAAGUCAGAACUCUAGCUACAGCCAAUCUUAAAACAUUCCGAAGAAUUCCAUAGUGGACCACUUGGAAAUAAACCAUUGGACAGAUUUCAGUAAUGUCUUCAGUGGAACACAAAUGAAAAUGAAUAGCUUGUUUCUGUCAAGCAUAUUGGAAAGUGAUUUUAUUUUUGCAAAAUAAGUUUUUCUUUAUCUAAUAUGAUUCUAGUACAUAAUUGAUUAAAAUCUCUUGAUUAUAAAUGUUUGGAAAGGUUCUAAGGGGACCUACAGACAGACAUACAUAGACAUUUCAAAAUUAAUAGCUUUUGAUUAGUAUAAUAUUUCUUAAUUUGGAUAAUAGAAAUUGUAGCUUUUUAUUAAGCCAGGAAACAUGAAGCAUAAUUUGUUUAAAAUUCUCUUUGGUCAUUGAGGGACCAAAAAAGGACGUAAAAUUUACAGUCAAUCUAUGAGGGUUUUUUUCCCUCCAUAAGUUUAACUUUAAAACUGUAUUUAAGGAAUCAAAUCUUACAAAAUCCUGGAAGAUUUUGGUAAUGAUGUUGAUAAUUUCAGGGAAAUUAAUCAAGUACCUAUAUUGAUUUAAAAGUGUAUUUUAUUCAAUAGUUUGAGGAUCUUGCCAUGGAAGAUACUAGCCCAGCCUAGCAGAAAAGUGCAAUAUGUAUAGCAUACUUUGACAUUUUAAACAUGAUAGUCCAUAACCAUUUUGAAAUGCUGGGCAAACUACAUGAAGUUAUUUAUAAUUAAUUCACAGCUAAUCAGGCAUUUUGAAAGCUUAAUUGGAUUCAAAAACCAUAAUGUUGGAAUUUGGUAAAAUUUUAAUGUUGAUUUUUACUGUGAAAAGUUUUUUAUAAGAUAUACGUGCCCUAGUUUAAUGUUGUGUCUUGGUGUGGAUUUACAGAUUUACUACAGGUAUUCUGAACCAAGAACACAAUCAGGUUUCAGGCCAGUUUGAUACUGGCUGUCCUUAAUUCUAAUAUGAGAGUAGGACAUCAUACUAAAUGUUAUGUCAGUGGGACUGUACUGUCUGUGGAACUUAGCAAAUUAAUCAUUUUCUUCAGACUUGAAGGAGAGUGAUAAAUAAAAUUUGGAGUCAUAGGAUAUUGAUGCACAAUUUAAGGAUUAAACAUUUUUAAUCAAUUGUGGAUGAUGGCUUAUUAAAUUAAAUGUUGACUUCCUAGUCUAAAACUGCAAGAAUAAAAGUAACUUCUCCAGCUGUA